GUCUUCGCGUCCGCGGCGGCCCGGACACCGCGCGCCGCCUCACGCUACCCCGCAGGCCGCCCGCCCUCGCGGCGCGCUCCCGGGCCCGGCCGCGGUUCCCCACUCGGGCCGGCUGGCUCGCGGGUUCUCUCGCCCCGCCCUUCUCGGCGCCACCGCUGGGCGCUUGCGCGGGGCGCGUGGCCGUGGCCGGGGUCUCCGCCGCAGCCCGAGCAGCCGCAGCCGCCUCAGUCAGUCAGUCAGUCCCCAGCAAUGGCGGACGGAGGUGAGCGAGAGGAGCUGCUCUCGCCGUCACCGGUCUCUCCGGCCAAGCGGCUGUGUUCGUGGCCCAGCCCGCAGGCUCAUCACCCUCGCGGUUCGCCUGGGGCAGCCGGCGGAGGGGCAGGGGGCGUCGGCAGCAGCUGCCUGGUUCUCGGGGCCCGCCCCCACCUGCAGCCGGAGUCCUUACUGGACUGCGCCGCCAAGACGGUGGCGGAAAAGUGGGCAUACGAACGGGUGGAGGAGCGCUUCGAGCGGAUCCCGGAGCCCGUGCAGCGCCGCAUCGUCUACUGGUCCUUCCCGCGGAAUGAGCGGGAGAUCUGCAUGUACUCCAGCUUCCAGUACCGGGGCGGCCCCGGCGCCGGCGCUGCUGGCGGCGCCGCGGGGGCUUCGCCGGCCGAGGAGGGGCCGCAGCCACCCCCCGGGGCCGCCGCUCCGGCCGGCUCCGCCCCCGGGGGCGUCGCGGCUGGGGCAUCCCCCGGGCUGGGCGCAGGGGCCGGCGCGGCCGGCUGCGGUGGCGAGGGGCUCCCGUUCCGCCGGGGCAUCCGUCUGCUGGACAGCGGCUCCGUGGAGAACGUGCUGCAAGUCGGCUUUCAUCUGAGUGGCACAGUAACUGAGCUGGCCACUGCCUCUGAACCAGCAGUGACUUAUAAAGUUGCAAUCAGUUUUGAUCGAUGCAAAAUCACCUCAGUGACAUGUGGCUGUGGGAACAAGGACAUAUUCUACUGUGCCCAUGUGGUAGCGCUCUCACUCUACAGGAUCCGUAAACCAGACCAAGUCAAAUUGCGUCUUCCUAUCUCCGAAACCCUUUUCCAGAUGAAUAGGGACCAGCUACAAAAGUUUAUUCAAUAUUUAAUCACGGCACACCACACCGAAGUUCUUCCUACUGCACAGAAACUGGCAGAUGAGAUUCUAUCCUCCAACUCAGAAAUCAACCAAGUGAAUGGUGCCCCUGACCCCACAGCUGGGGCCAGCAUUGACGAUGAGAACUGUUGGCAUUUGGAUGAAGAACAGGUGAAAGAACAAGUGAAGCUUUUUCUCUCCCAGGGCGGUUACUGUGGCUCUGGAAAGCAACUCAACUCAAUGUUUGCCAAGGUUCGAGAAAUGCUGCGGAUGAGAGAUUCCAAUGGAGCAAGGAUGCUGACACUAAUAACUGAGCAGUUUAUGGCUGACCCACGACUCACACUCUGGAGGCAGCAAGGAACAAACAUGACAGACAAGUGCAGGCAGCUCUGGGAUGAGCUAGGGGCUUUAUGGGUGUGCAUAAUUUUAAAUCCACACUGCAAACUGGAGGAGAAAUCCUGCUGGCUGCAGCAGCUGCAGAAGUGGAGUGACCUGGAUGUCUGUCCCCUGGAGGAUGGAAACUAUGGACAUGAGCUGCCCAACAUCACCAAUGCACUUCCCCAGAGUGCCAUUCACAGCCCAGACUCCUUAUCCAGACCAAGACGAACAGUAUUCACUAGAGCCAUUGAGGGGCGUGAAUUACAUUGGCAGGAUAGCCACCUACAGCGAAUAAUCAGCAGUGAUGUUUAUACAGCUCCUGCCUGCCAGCGGGAAAGUGAAAGACUACUCUUUAAUUCCCAAGGCCAGCCACUGUGGCUUGAGCAUGUGCCUACAGCCUGUGCUCGGGUUGACGCCCUGCGUUCCCAUGGUUAUCCAAAAGAGGCCCUCAGACUCACAGUGGCCAUUAUUAACACUCUGAGGUUGCAGCAGCAGCGGCAACUGGAAAUCUACAAGCAUCAGAAGAAAGAACUGUUGCAGAGAGGAACCACAACCAUCACAAACCUGGAGGGCUGGGUGGGCCACCCCCUGGAUCCCAUUGACUGCCUGUUUCUCACUUUGACUGAGGCCUGCCGCCUGAAUGAUGAUGGCUAUCUGGAGAUGUCAGAUAUGAAUGAAAGCAGACCCCCUGUGUACCAGCAUGUACCUGUGGCUGCAGGCUCCCCAAACAGCAGUGAGUCCUACCUGUCAUUGGCCCUGGAAGUUGCACUGAUGAGCCUGGGUCAACAGAGGUUAAUGCCUGAAGGCCUCUAUGCACAGGACAAGGUAUGCCGUAAUGAGGAGCAGCUCCUGAGCCAACUCCAAGAGCUGCAGCUGGAUGAUGAGCUAGUGCAAACACUGCAAAAACAAUGCAUCUUACUGCUGGAAGGAGGUCCUUUCAGCGGUCUGGGAGAAGUCGUCCACCGAGAGAGUGUUCCCAUGCAUACCUUUGCCAAGUAUUUGUUCUCAGCUCUGCUGCCUCAUGAUCCAGACCUGUCCUAUAAAUUAGCCUUACGUGCCAUGAGGUUACCUGUUUUAGAAAACUCAGCUUCUGCAGGCGACACAUCCCACCCUCACCAUAUGGUAUCUGUGGUGCCCAGCCGUUAUCCUCGCUGGUUCACGCUUGGACACUUGGAAUCACAGCAGUGUGAACUGGCCUCCACCAUGCUGACUGCUGCCAAAGGAGACACUUUGAGACUCCGAACAAUUCUGGAAGCAAUACAGAAGCAUAUUCAUUCUUCCUCCCUCAUCUUCAAACUGGCCCAAGAUGCAUUCAAGAUUGCUACUCCCACUGACAGUAGUACUGACAGCACCCUGCUCAACGUUGCCCUGGAACUUGGGUUACAGGUGAUGCGGAUGACCUUAUCAACCCUUAACUGGAGACGCAGGGAGAUGGUACGAUGGUUGGUGACCUGUGCUACAGAAGUGGGUGUGCGGGCCCUGGUGAGCAUCUUGCAGAGCUGGUACACACUCUUCACCCCUACUGAGGCUACUAGUAUUGUAGCUGCCACAGCCGUAUCCCACACCACUAUCCUGCGCCUCAGUCUUGACUAUCCACAGCGGGAGGAACUGGCUAGCUGUGCUCGCACACUGGCCCUACAGUGUGCUAUGAAGGAUCCACAGAGCUGUGCCCUGUCAGCCCUUACACUCUGUGAGAAAGACCACAUCGCCUUUGAGGCAGCCUACCAGAUUGCCAUUGAUGCUGCUGCUGGUGGUAUGACCCAUUCACAGCUGUUCACCAUCGCCCGCUACAUGGAGCUCCGUGGCUACCCGCUACGUGCCUUCAAGCUGGCCUCAUUGGCCAUGAGCCAUCUUAACCUGGCCUACAACCAGGAUACUCACCCAGCCAUCAAUGAUGUGCUCUGGGCUUGUGCUCUCAGCCACUCUCUGGGCAAGAAUGAGCUGGCAGCUCUCAUCCCCUUGGUGGUGAAGAGUGUGCACUGUGCCACAGUGCUUUCAGACAUCUUACGACGCUGCACAGUGACUGCACCUGGCCUGGCCGGCAUCCCAGGCCGCCGAAGCUCUGGAAAGCUCAUGUCCACUGACAAAGCUCCAUUGCGCCAGUUGCUGGAUGCCACAAUCAAUGCCUAUAUCAACACUACACACUCACGCCUAACACACAUCAGCCCUCGCCACUAUGGAGAGUUCAUUGAGUUUCUAAGCAAGGCUCGGGAGACCUUCCUGCUGCCCCAGGAUGGCCACCUGCAGUUUGCCCAGUUCAUCGACAACCUCAAACAGAUCUACAAAGGCAAGAAAAAGUUGAUGCUGCUGGUGCGAGAGCGCUUUGGCUGAGAGAGCAGAUAGCUCACCGCCAGGGCAGCCUGGGUUCCCAGGUAGUAUCAGGUCAGGCCAAGGGCACUGAAACAUUUGUCCACCCUGAGAGAACUCUGAGCACCUGUGGAUGAGGCCAAAGGACCACAGGGCUAAGGAUGGGGAAAGUCCAACUCUAGUCGAUAAUGCCUACCUUGGCAAGCUUCUGACUACAGUUCAUGGAGGAGCUGGGCCCUGCAGAUCGACCAGAAACCCCACAACAUGCCACCUCAUGCCCUUAUAUCCUGCGUGUCCUGAGCAUUGGCCCUGUCUCCCUUGGCAAACGCAGAACACUGUUCCAUCUCAGGGAUUGCUUAACCAGAGAAACAGACACAUUUGUGGGACUGUAAAUACUAUAUGUGUUGCUAAUUAUUGUAAACUUGUAACUAUUUAUAAUUCUGCUUCUGAUUUGAUGGCCACUUGAAGUAGCUGUGGGUAGGAGGAUAUGCUUAUUUUCUGAGGAGACUCACAACCAUUUCUCAGGUUUCCCUUGCAGAGUGUUUGCUGGUAGCAGUGGAAGAGUGGGGGUGCCAAGGAGAAAAAUGGCCAGUUAGGAUCAACCCAAGUCUAGUCUAUGCAGAAUCCCCCACCUACAGACAGGGCAUUUAUAGUCCAGUGGUGAGUGAGGGACAGAGGCCAGGACUGGACUUAGACUUUUGCCUCACAAAACUGUGAGGACAUUGAAGCUCCUGCCUCACACAGCCUCUUCAGGAGCCUGCUGAACACCUGAGAAACAAGUGCAGGGAGAAGAUGAAGGUCUGGGAAGCCGCUGAGUUCAUAAUAUUCAUCUACUGUGGUCACCUUUGUGUUAGCAAGUGUGUGGUUUCAUCUAUAAUCGUGUGUGUGUAUCUUUUAUGGCUAAGUACAUGUGUGUAUGUGCAUAGAUACAUCUGUGCAUGCCUGUUUGUGCACAUAUAUAUUUAUGUGUAUGUGUCAGUUCUAUGGCUGUGUACCUGUUUGAAUAUGUGCACACUGGACUGUGAGUUUCUACGUGAGGAUAUACACAUUUUGUGUACAUGUGAGGAUGCACAUCUUUGUGCAAAUGCACUCAUGUUUGUGCAUGUUUAGUAUGUGUAUCUGCGUACACGAGUGCAUGUGUAUAAACAUGUUUGUAUCCAUGUGUAUGCUUGUUAUCCAUGCAUCUGUGUCUUUAUAUGUGUAACUGAGCGUAUUUCUACAUGUAGGGAUGUCUGUGUAUUCAUGUUUGAGGAUCUGCAUCAAUGUGUCCUUUCUUUUUGCCAGAUUUCUCUUUCCCAUUCCUCUUAAAUCUCUCUCGCCAGCUAAACGUUUGUUCCCCAUCUCUGUGCCUCCUCUAUUCAUUCUCUCACCAAACAAGCUUCUAAGCACCAAUCUCCCUCUGCCAUCAGAUUGGCUGCUUUAGCGCCACAGUUCUCUUCUUGCCUCAUACUUGCUUUCUUCCCCUGCCUUUCUACCUCAAGCUUCCUCGCCAGCUUUUGUCACAGUCUCAUUGCUCGCUGACUUGGAGGCUAGGGCUGGUCUGCACUUAGCCUCUCCCUUCCUAAUUUCUAGCCCUAGUGGGCAGUCCUGUCUUAGCCCUGGCUGACCUCCAUAGUGUAUCAUGUUCCUGCUACCUUCCUGACCCCUGUGCUCAGCCUGGAAUUGUUAUAGGAGGUAGCAAGGGCAUUCAGAAAAGUCAGUUGGAACCAGUGUCUUGGUGUUUACUGUUUCAUGUCUUAGUUCCUGAGUUGGGGGUGGGGUUUGAUAGGGAAGGGGUGGUAUAGCUAGAAUGUGAACUAAGAACUUCUCCAUCUGCUUUACUUUUUCUUUCUUCGACAAACUGUCACCUUUUUUACUCCAAACUGACCAAGAAGUUGUAUUUGCCGUUUGUGGCUACUCAAGUCUUACUGUCCAGCCAAGGGCCCCUACGUCUCAGCCCAAUGGGUUGGUUAAAAAAAAAGAGAGAAGCCACUCUCAUUUCUGUAUCACAGUUGCCCUUUUUUAGCAAGUGUGUGAAUUCACAGUGCUUUUCUAUGAAUAAAUCAUGGAUCACAUAAAAGAUCAUUUUUCUAAAAGCAGAAA